AUGAGACAGACAGGUGGAAGAUGGUUCCAUCACAACUUAACAGGUUUAGAAGCUGAAAAAUUACUAACUUUAAAAGGUGUUAGUGGCAGUUUUCUUGCUCGUCCUAGUCAUAGUACUCCAGGAAGCUUUACACUUUCUGUUCGUCGAGGUGAUGAAGUAACACAUAUUCGUAUACAAAACACAGAAGAAUUCUUGGAUUUAUAUGGUGGAGAAAAAUUUGCUACACUAUCAGAACUAGUUGCAUACUAUAUGGAAAAUGAAGGUCAACUUAGGGAAAAAAAUGGUGAUCUAAUUGAAUUGAAAUAUCCACUUAUUUCAGAGGAUCCAACAACUGAACGUUGGUUUCAUGGAAAAAUUACAGGAAAAGAAGCUGAAAAAAUGCUUCUUGAACGGGGUAAACCGGAUUGUUUUUUAGUUCGUGAAUCUGUUCACAGACCAGGUUCUUAUGUCCUAUCAGUUUUAACAGGAGAACAGGUGGCACAUAUCAUGAUACAUGGAAAGCCAAACGGAAUGUAUGAUGUUGGUGGAGGGCAUCAAUUUUCAUCUUUAAAAGAAUUAAUCGACUUUUAUACAAAUACACCUAUGGUAGAAAAAAAUGGUGGAUUAGUUUCAUUGAAACAACCUUUUAACGCUACUCGAUUUAAUGUUUCUACUAUCGAUCAACGUAUGCAUCAGUUGGAACAAGAGAAUGGUCAUGGUUCAGGAUUAGCUGGAUUUUUGGAGGAAUUCGAGGAGUUACAUCAAGAGGCUCAUUUGAAAAAUAAUCCACGUGUUGAAGGAUAUCAGUCUUAUAAUCGUGACAAAAAUCGAUACAAACAUAUUCUACCGUUUGAUUGGUCUCAAGUUAAACUCCUUGAUGGGGAUCCGAACGAACCUGGUUCUGACUAUAUAAACGCCAAUUAUAUUUCAUGGCCUAUUCAUCUCACUGAAUCUCUAUCCAAUACAAGUUGCUCUUUUGGUGGUAAUUUGAAUGCAAAAUAUCAAUCGAAUCCUUCAAAUUUUGAUCUAAAUAAUAAACAACAUUCUAUGACUACUGCCAGUGCUUCACCUAUUAUUCCUCCAGCUUCAAAUAAUUCUGCUGCAUUUUUCUUCAAUGGUAAACCACGUUAUAUAGCCACACAAGGAGCUGUUGCUAAUUCACAAGAUGCUUUUUGGCGUAUGAUAUGGCAAGAAAAAAGUUCUGUUAUUGUUAUGAUAACAAAAAUAAUGGAGCGUGGUAGAAAUAAGUGUAUUCGUUAUUGGCCAACCGUGGAGGAAGGUACACGUGAAUUUCCAUGUUAUGGAGGUACUAUCCGUGUGCGUCAUAUAUCAGAAAGGAAUUCUGUCAAUUAUACAUUGAGAGAACUCUUUCUUACAAAAGAUCCUAAUAAACUGUCAGAGAAUAUAUCAACUAAUGCACACACUGAUGUUGUCUGUUCUCCUGUUAAUUCUAAUCAUAUUACUGGUAAUUUUUCAUUGAAUCAAAAUAGUUGCGAAUUAAUUAAUUGUAAAACGAAUGAAAUAAACAACAGCACAACUAUGAGCAGAAUAAAUACUGAAUGUAAUUCUAUUCAAGUGAAUACAGAAGAUGGAUUCACUGUUUAUCAUUAUCAUUUUACUGUUUGGCCUGAUCAUGGAACUCCAAGUGAUCCUUCUUGUGUAUUAGAUUUUAUGCAUGAUAUUUCUGCCCGACAGGGUAGUAUUCCCGGUUCUGGACCUAUUGUUGUGCAUUGCAGUGCUGGUAUUGGACGUACUGGAGCGUUUAUUGUCAUCGAUAUGCUUAUUAAUUAUAUCAAAACAAUGGGAUUGAAUUGUGAUAUAGAUAUAUCUCGAACAAUACAAGCUGUAAGGGAACAACGCUCUGGGAUGGUUCAAACUGAAACACAAUAUAGAUUUAUUUAUAAAGCUGUUCAACAGUACGUGAAUACUAUGUCCAAACGUAUACAAAUGGAAACUGAUCUUCGUCGAACUGGUAGAGAUUAUACAAAUAUCAGUCGUGCUGCAGAUGAUAUUGGCGUAGUUGGAACAGCGACUGUGACUGUUUUUUCAUCAGUAUGUUCUACAUUAGGAAUUUGUUCCACUGAACAACAACCAAUCAUGUCAAAAUUGACUUCUACUACAAAUGUUAAUACAUCACCAGUUUCAGCAUCUUCUGUAUCAACUUCGAAUAGACCAUGCAGUUGUCCGAUUCACUCUUGUUCUCAACGAAAGCAAACAUCAAUACCUGUUAUACCUCAGGCAUCUAUUCAUUCAUCGUGUUGUUCACAACAAACUGUUGUUUCAUGUGCCACAUUAUCAUGCACACCUUCAGUUGUUUCUAUGUCAUCCCGUCCAUUAGAGUCUAUAACUAGCGGUUUCUUUCAUCGACUCACUGGACCUGGUCGUUCACAACGUAUCAUUUUUAUAGAUUACUUGCGUAGAUACUACUAG